AUGGCCGACGACUCGCCCACAAUCAACAGUCGGCGGCACCGUCGUAACCAGUCGACUCCGCAGAACUCGAUCCAGCUGCAAGACCUGGGCCCCGCUCAACAUGCUCCCAUCUCUCAGGAACCGCCAUCCCCAUCUGCCCAGGCUUCGCAUCGCCGUACCUUGAGCGACCGUGGACGUAGCUUAUUCCGGCGCAAUAGAGACUCGCUCUUGUCACACAGCCCUGGCAGAAACCCACCACCUCCUAAUGCACGCGCUUACUCGCCAAUUUCCGAGGAUCCUCCCAGUCCGCCGCAGAUCGAUAGCAACUUGUCACCUCUUGCAUAUGUGACGUCGCCCACUGGCCAUCGAACACGGGUCGACGACGGUCAAGAUGAAGACGAGCGCACACCGCUGUCUCCACAUGAAGGGAGCAGUUUCCAACAGGCUAUGGGCUUCGCUGGCCUUAGUAUAGGCGCUCCUGCCCGUCCUUCGUUGCACUCGGGCCACGGUCGAUUGGGCAGUGACCUUAGUCUCCGCACUGUCGACGCAUCGCCUUACGACGAAGAGCCCGACGAUCCAACUGGCUUCUUUCCACAUGAGGAGGAUAUGGACACGGUACCCCUGACAGACAUGAGCCGCCUCGACGCUCACUCACCACAACGCAACGAACGCGGCAGUUUCCAAAGUAUCCGCUUCUUGUCGCCAUCUGUCUCGCACUCCAACAAUCCUGAUGUCGAGUCUGGCAAUCUGAGUCCUUCUGGUCGUUGGAGUCGUUCUCCCGAUGGUCAUAGUCGCUCUCCUGUAGACAGUCGUCGCUCACUGUCACCCAUGGGAGACUCUCCAUUUCACCGAGCAGGAGACAUGAUGCGCAAGAUGUCGAUGCGUGUGGUCAACCUGAGUAACGAGCCCGAAGUUGCCGAGCGUAUGAUUAGACGCAAGUCGUCUGUGGGUCGUUCUUCUCGUAUUUCCGAAGCUCCUGACUUUGCCAACGAUGGGACUCCCCGCUCACCUGUCAGCGAGAAAAUGCCUUCGCCUAUGCUUCGUCCAGCCGAUCAGCUUGAGCCACACACUCCUGGACCAAAUCCUUUCCGUGGCAAAUCGCUAGGCAUUUUCCCACCGGAUAGCAAAUUGCGUCUGAAGUUGGCUGACUUUCUGCUUCAUCCCUUUACCGAACCUUUUAUCCUCGUGCUCAUUGUCUUUCAAACAAUCUUGCUUGCUGUCGAAGCACGCAAUAAUGUCAAUAAUGAUCCACGAUCUCAGCGGUUUGGGACUACAUGGAUUGACAUCGCAUUGCUUGCCUUAUUUAGCAUCUACACCGUCGAGAUCAUGAUUCGAGUCAUUGUAUCUGGAUUCAUCGUCAAUCCCAUCGAGUACAGCACCAUCGACCGCAAGGUUGGUCUCCGGACUGCCGUCAUGAAGAAGGCAAACGACAUGUUUGCUCUACACCGCAAGCCUUCUGUCAGGAACCUGAAUCCCCUUCCACCAGUAACAGCAGGGCCUCAACCUGGAAUCCUGCGUAGCUUUACCACAAACACUAUGAUGGAAGUACCAGGGNGCUCGAAACAAGCUCAGCUGCAGCGACUAGCGUUUCGAGCAUUUUUGCGUCAUUCUUUCAACCGACUCGACUUCCUUGCGGUCUGCGCAUUCUGGAUCAGCUUUGCCAUUGGCAUCUUUGGCGUCGAGUCCCAAAAGCACGUCUUUGUAUUCCGCAUGUUAAGUUGUCUUCGAAUCGUGCGUCUUUUGGGUAUCACUAGUGGCACUUUGGUUAUCUUGCGGAGUUUGAAGAAGGCUGCCCCGACUCUGCUCAACGUCGCCUUCUUGACUGGUUUCUUCUGGCUGUUGUUUGCGAUCAUUGGAGUUCAAAGCUUCAAGUCCAGUCUUCGCCGUACUUGUGUCUGGACCAAUCCCGAUGAUACCUCAGAGACAUAUACACAAUCGAUGCAAUUUUGUGGUGGCUAUCUCUUAUCCAAUCAAACGGCAAUGCCCUGGAUACAUCAAGACGGUUCACCCGGUGCAGACGAUGCUAAAGGUUUCUUUUGCCCUGUCAACUCCGUCUGCAUCGAAGGUGACAACCCCUACAACGGCACUGUCAGUUUUGACAACAUUUUUCAGUCGCUCGAGAUGGUGUUUGUCGUCAUGUCCUCCAACACGUUCUCAGAUCUACUCUAUUAUCUUGCUGACAGCGACUAUCUAUCUGCUGGUAUAUUCUUCGCUGCAGGAAUUAUAGUCUUCCCGCUUUGGCUCGUCAACUUGCUGAUCGCCGUCAUUACAUCUUCAUUCCAGGUAAUCCGAGACGAGAGCAAAGCCAGUGCCUUUACAGCGCAAGAGCACGUCAAGCAUCUAGAAACAGAAGAGGGAAGUGAUGGCUUCAAACAGAAGACGAGCACAUUGGAACAAUUCGUCAAUAAUACACGAUGGAUCUGGAUUGCUGUUAUCACAUACGGCUUGAUUGUACAAUGUCUGCGCAGUGCAUAUAUGAGCCCAAGCCGGGCGGCUUUCCUCACCCUGGACAUCGAGAUCAUUCUCCGAUUCAUGGCGGACUGGCGUCGGUUUCACAAAAGCAAGCGCAACCUCGUGGAUCUUGCAUUGGCCAUCACAACCACAGUCAUUCAAAUCCCGGUCAUAAAACACUCUGGGCAGCCAUAUGCGUGGUUGACGGUCUUCCAAAUCAUAAGAAUCUACCGUGUCGUUCUCGCAGUCGAAAUCACACGCACGCUGAUUCUCACUGUGUUAGGCGACUUCUCGGGUUUGACCAACUUGAUCAUGUUCGUUAUGCUACUGUGCUUCCUCGCUGCAAUAUUCGCGACACAGAUCUUCCGUGGACAGAUUCCACAAGAAAACGACGAAGGCGAAGCAAUCGAGGUUCCGUUCUUUGACAUAUACAAUGCUUUUUUGGGCAUGUAUCAGAUCUUCUCAAGUGAGAAUUGGACGGAUAUCAUGUACAACGUUACUUCGUAUAAUGUCGCUUACAACAACGGUUGGAUUGGUGCGGCAUUCUGUAUCAUGUGGUUCAUUCUAGCGAACUUCCUCGUCUUGAACAUGUUUAUCGCCGUCAUCCAAGAAAACUUCGAUGUUUCAGAAGACGAAAAGCGCCUGCAGCAGGUCAAGGCCUUCCUUGCAAAGAGGCAAGUCAACGCGACGUCCGGUAGUCAGGGUUCACUGUCAUUGUCGACGAUCUUCAAGCUCGGUCAAGUCCGCCGACAAGAUCCUCUCGAUUAUGGCUCAGCACAAACAGAAAUGCUUCUCAAGGAUGCAGUGGUUCGCGACUUUCUUGAUGAUCACGACGUUGGUCCAGAUGCGAGUGCCCCUGGUGCAUCCGAAAGCAUACCUAACAACAAUCCACCCGUCAAAUCAGGUAUUUUGGCUCAGCGCUGGGAGCAACUGCUCAACCGCCUCUUCAAUCGCGAGCCCAACCCAUUCUACUCGAACUUAGAGCUUCAGAAAGCUCACGAGGAAGUGGACACUCGUCAGAUGGUCAAAGAGGUCGUAGCAGCGAAUGAGAGGGUCAAGAGGGCUCAACGCGAAUUUUUGAGGAAGUAUCCCAAUUACAACGUCUCGCUCUUCAUCUUCAGGGUCAACAAUCCUGUCAGAAGAUUGUGUCAGAGAAUUGUGGGUCCAGGUCGUGGUGGUGAUCGCAUAGAGGGCGUCGCGCCCUCCAGACCCAUCUGGUAUGGUUUCUCGGCAUUCAUCUACGCAGCCAUCGUAGCAAUGGUGCUCUUGGCCUGCGUUACUACACCUUUGUACCAGAAGGAGUAUUUCAGAACUCACGACUUUAAAGCCCUGAAUUGGUUUGUAUACACCGACAUGGGCUUUGCAACUCUGUUUACCAUCGAGUCUGUCAUUCGAGUCAUUGCGGACGGGUUUUAUUGGACACCCAACGCAUACUAUCGCAGCUCUUGGGGCAUUAUUGAUGGCAUCGUCUUGGUCACGUUGUGGACUGACAUCUUCACCACGAUCUAUAACCCAGGUGGUGGUUCAAGAGCUGUUGGUGCCUUCAAAGCUUUGAGAGCCCUCCGAUUACUCAACGUCAGCGAUAAUGCUCGAGAUACCUUCCAUUCUGUUAUCGUCAUGGGUGGUUGGAAAGUUGUCUCGGCAGCGUUCGUUUCGAUGAGUUUGCUCAUUCCGUUUGCCAUAUACGGCUUGAAUCUCUUCAACGGAAGGUUCAUGGAGUGUAAUGACGGUGAUGGUGUCACGUCGUCUCUUACUGACUGUACUGGCGAGUACCUCAGUACACCCUACGAUUGGAACGUGCUUGCACCACGUCAAGUCGCCAAUCCAUACUACGACUUCGAUAACUUCGGAUCAUCGCUGUUCAUCCUUUUCCAGAUCGUCUCACAAGAAGGGUGGAUCGACGUCAUGUGGAGCGGCCAAUCCAUCACUGGUGUUUUCACACAACCCGAUCCUUUCUCAUCUCAAGGCAAUGCCGUCUUUUUCGUCGCCUUCAAUUUGCUUGGUGCCGUUUUCGUCUUGACGCUUUUUGUUAGUGUCUUUAUGCGCAACUAUACGGAACAAACCGGAGUGGCUUUCUUGACAACUGAACAGCGAUCAUGGCUUGAAUUGAGGAAAUUGCUCAGACAGAUCUCACCCUCCAAAAGACCCUCAUCUAAGGAGGUGCGGGAGACCUGGAGAGAGUGGUGCUAUCGUCGAGCAGUGACAAAGAACGGUAGAUGGCAGCGUAGCGUCACUGUGGUGCUCGUUUUCCAUCUGCUUUUGCUGUGUUUGGAAUGGUAUCCAAACAACAAUCGCUGGGACAGAGCACGAUACUAUGUUUUCCUGGUGCUGACCCUCUUUUACAUCGUCAACAUCGUCAUCCGCAUUGUUGGUCUUUCCUGGACUCGAUUCCGAAGAAGUGCCUGGGAUGUUUACUCGUUGUUUUCGGUGUCUGGCACGUUGAUCACGCUGAUCUUGCUUCUGACCAACUUCAAGAACAGAGACUACGUCCAAGUACACAAGUUGUUCCUUGUAUCGAUCGCAUUACUUCUGAUUCCUAGAAACAAUCAGCUGGACCAACUCUUCAAGACCGCGGCUGCCAGUCUGACUUCAAUCGCCAACCUGUUGGCGACUUGGUUUGUCCUCUUUCUGGUAUUCGCCAUUGCCUUCACUCAAACUUUCGGGUUGACUAGAUUUGCCGAGGGUGAAACAGACAACCAAAACUUCCGCACAGUGCCCAAAGCUCUGGUUAUGCUGUUCCGUAUGAGUUCUGGAGAAGGCUGGAAUGAGGUGAUGGCGGACUUUGCAUCCGUCACCCCACCCUAUUGCACAAUCGGUGAGCAUUAUUACGAUGGCGACUGUGGUAGUGACGGAUGGGCUAUGGCUCUGUUCAUCUCUUGGAACAUCCUCAGCAUGUACGUGUUCAUGAACUUGUUCAUCUCGUUGAUCUAUGAGAGUUUCUCGUAUGUCUAUCAACGAAGCAGCGGAUUGUCCGUCAUCAGCAGAGAAGAGAUUCGAAGGUUCAAGCAGGCUUGGGCAGAAUUCGAUCCAAGUGGCUCGGGAUAUAUUUCGAAGGAGAAGUUUCCCCGCUUGUUAGGAGUGAGUCCAUCCAAUUCCUAUAUCCUUACAGUGUAUACUAAUCUUCACAGGNAACUCUCUGGUGUUUUUGAGAUGCGUAUCUAUGAUGGUGACUUCACAGUCAGUAACAUCAUCGCCGACUGCACAUCUCGACCGCACCGUGCCCAUCCUCUUGGUAUGGACGGUCCAAAGGAUGGUCCUGAAAUCGAUCUUGAAAAAUUGAACGAACGCCUGUCCGAAAUUCCUGUCCUUGAGAUACAAAGACGCAGGAGGCGCAUGAACAUCUUCUACGAGGAAGUACUGGUCUCGGCUGAUCCUGACCGUGGUGUCGAGUUCAACUCACUUUUGAUGAUUUUGGCCCACUACAAGGUCAUCAACGACAACAAAAGUCUGCGACUCGAAGAGUUCUUGCGUCGUCGCGCUCGUUUACAGCGUGUCGAAGAAGCUGUACGCCGUAACGUUGUCGUCGGUUUCUUCGAUACCCUUUAUUGGGCCCGUCGAUUCAGAAAGGCACUAGAAGCCAAGAAGGAUGCACGCAUGACCAUGGUACCUCAACUGGAUGUUCCUGAGAUCUUCAUUCAGGAUGACGGCGAGGACUUUACAAACACUGACCACAGAACUCCCUCGGCCCCAUCUACACCGAUCGAUCACCAGACUCCAAGCUGGACUCUCGGAGGCGAUCACGGCACUCCAGCAUUAAGCAUUGACCCUACAGCGUCUCGACCUAAUUUACGCAACCGCAGUGAUUCUAUCCAGCUCUCCCCAUCGGCCUCACCUACGCGUUCACGAGCAGUCUCACACUCGUCACCUUCCGAGAUGCGUGAUAUUCCUGAAGACUGGCAUUUCGCAGAAGCUCUCAUUGAUGGACACAAUCGUUCUAGAUCACCGUCACCCUCACCACAGCACCUUGAUCCCGACGCCACAUUAGAUGCCUACGGUGGUUUGGGCCUUGGGGCCGGUCCUCGAAGUCGUGCUCAAACACUGUCCGCCUCAGGCCCAGAGUCUCGUCCCCGAGCUGGCACUUUGUCAGUCGCCGGUACACCCAGCGCGGGUGGUCGUUCGCGCGCCACUAGCUCCGUCAAUGCACAGAAUGUCCUCGAUGUCUUGGAUACCUCGGCAUGGGGCGAGAGCAUCAGACGAAGCUUCACUACUCGUGUGUCUUCGUCCGGGCCACAUGGUUCUGCUUCGCGGGAUGCAAGUGCUGAACCUAUGCCGUCCAUUUCCGACACACAGCCUUCGAAUUUCUCGCACGCAGAAGGACAUGAUCAUGAGAACCCGCAUGAGUGA